AUGGGUGAUAUACUGAUAUUAGCUUUAUGGCCUGGUGCGGUGUGGAAGAUAGCUAGUGUUGGCCACGAUUUGCACAUAGAUGUUAAUGGCAUUCCAAAUAGUCCGGAAAUUUUUAGUUUGUUCUGUUCUGGGGUUAAUCUAUCUGCUGCUUUUUCCAAGGAAAUUGCAACUUCUUCUGUAUGA